AUGACUUCCAGAAUCAACCACAUCGCGCUUACUAUUUUUUUUUGUGUCGUCGUUGAAGCAGACAUUUCACAUUUCUUCGCAGACAACUAUGACUACUACCCACAGCAGCAGCAACAACAGUUCUCUACAUAUCCUGUAGCGCCACCACAACCCGCCGUGCCUAGUUUAUAUCCAGUGUCACCAGCGGUUCCCACUCCUACACCAGCUGCACCGCCACAAUCGACACAUUCACCCGUAGCGCCAGUGCGACCUUCCUCCACUACCGAGUUCACGCUGCCCGAGAUUGUGGAGAAUCGUGGCGCCAAGAGUGGUGGCAGAAUUAAUUUUAUUCCAUUGCAAAAUCAGUAUUUGACGCCGGAAGAAGAUCGUCCAAAUUUAGAGGCAUCGAAGCGACCACCUAGUUAUGGCGCCGGUUACUUUUAUCCACGUCCCACAUCCAUUUUCAUACCAACCACGACUACUACAACCACCAGCACUACAACUAAGCGUCCGGACCCUAUUGUUGUGAUUGAUCCGCCAGACAUUCUUCCCUCGGCGCAAGCACCAGGCAUUAACGAUCCCGUUGCGCUACAACCAGCCGUACCGGGCUACGACUAUAAUGUGCCGGCGGGUCCGCCGUUUCAGCUACCCACACACCCGCCAGUAUCUACACCCGCAUCCGUCUACUUGCCGCCGGAUGACAGCACGCUCGAUGCCACUGCUACUCCCAACGCUCUACGUUUGAGUGUACACGAAAUGCGUUGCAUGCAACACAGUGGCGGCUACUUUCGUGCUGUGCUCAAAGUGGACAGUUUUAUAGGUGCAGCGCCGAUAGUCGAUAACGAUUCGACUGAUAAGCGCUGUGAAUUGAAAUUGUCGCGCAGUUAUGUUGUGACCGACAUAGCGGCGGAGGAUUUUGAAAAGUGUGGCGUACAUGCUUGUGGCAAUGAUUUAUGUUUGCGUUUGCGCUUUCCCACCAUACGCGGCAUGCGUACGAGUGCGGAUGGCAUACUGACGCUGCACUGCAAGACGCAGGAGCGUGUGGCGGUCAAGAUGCAUGCGCUUAAAGUGAGCAUUUCUAAUGAGUUACAAGCGCGUAGUCUGGGCACCUAUGCUCACGGUGGCACCCAGUUACCCUUUCGAACGCAAGUAGAGCUGUUUCGACGUACCGCUAAAGGUUUCACACGCAACUUGGACACACACAGCGCUGUGCUGCUCGGCGAGGAGUUGCUGUUACGCGCGCAUGUGAUUGCUGGCGAUGGUUGGAAUUACACAAAGUUAACGGAUGUGUAUGUGCAACGCAUUUCCCCAACCGGUGAACUGCUCAACAACGUUGCUCUAGUCACAUCACGCGGUUGCAUCAAUCCAUCCAUGCAAAGCGUUUGCACACAGCCUCCGAGUUACGAUCCACCGCUUGGCCAUCGUUUGAGCUUCAAAGCAGUUAUGUUUCAAGGCAUGCGCAGCGGCGAUGAACUCGUCUUAUCCAUGCGCAUUACUGGUUGUUUAGAAGAGCGCGACUGCCAUGUGGAUGCUAGCAAUUGCAGCGCCGUGACCAAUUUGCGGCGUCGUAAACGCAAUGCAGUGGUAGAUGUGAAAAACCAACGGAGUAUCACUCAUGGCAGCGAAGUAUCGGAAAUAUCUCGCAUUGCCUUUAGAGUUAUGGUACCAAAUGGUGAGGCCGUGGAGCUUAUAGAUUCCUCAAGCAAUGCGAGUCAAAAUGCAGUCAUUAAAGCAGGUGGAGAGCAUGCAUAUAACGGUAUGUUACUGGAGGUGAGCGCAUUGAAAUUAAUUUCAGCUGUAGGCUUUGUUUUAGCGCUCACUGGAUUGGGCAUUUUCGCGGCGGUGAAGCUCUCAAAAUGA